AUGGACAAGUAUGUGAUUUCUGAGGAAGAAGAUGUUUUGGAUGCGGAGCCGCCAUUCGAUGACUUCAUGAAGUCAGGUAUUACGAUCAUGGAGCUUCGAAAGAACACAAGAUUUGGAAACAUCAUUAACUAUGUGGACAAUUUAUUUCAGAACGAUGCUCGACGAGUAAUUUUUCGUGGCGUUGGGGAUGCAGCGGAAAAGUGUGUCUCGUGUGUAGAGGUGUUCAAACGAAAACGACAGGAGGAACUCUAUCAGUGGAACGCGCUUGGUACAGCAAAGCGUGUGACUUAUUGGGAUCCUCUUGUAGAGGGCAUGAACAGGUUGAAAGUAAUUCUUGAUACUCCAGUGAUUUUCAUCAUGCUUUCACGCGAUCCCUAUCCUAGUCAGCUGCAGUGCAUGAGCAUGCAGCUGUCAUCAAGCAAUGGAAUCGUGCUGCCAAUGGCCAGGAGAUCGUCGCCGAAACGUAGAGGAAACCAAAAAAGACAGUGUAUGCCGAACAAGUGGUCACAGCCCAGCAAGAAUACUAAGGAAGCUGAAGCGGCGGAGCGUUCUAGAAUACUUUGGCAGCUAGAAAAGUUGGCGUGA